AUGCGCAGCGCCGCUCUCUCACUCCUCGGCAUCACCGUCCUCCUCCUCUUCCUCUCGCACACCUUCUUCUUCCCGGCGCCCGCUGCCGCGCCCGUCGUCCACCCAAAGGUCUCGCUGCUGCACGGUGGGCACAUCCCGCCCGAGCCGGACCACAGGACAAAGACGAAGGCGCCUCCGUCGGCGUCACCGGCCGCGGCGAGCGCCGCUGGCACGCCUGCCGCUGCGGAUUCGCGUUCCACCCCGCCCACCGUCGGCGCCACCGGCACCGGCGCGCCCGGGCUCGGAGGACACGGCCCGUUUGGCCCCGAGAGCGUGGCGCCGUACAUGCCCCACGGCCAGGAGGACCGGCGCUGCGUGCCGCGGCGCGAGCAGGCGCUUCCGUCGCGACCUCUCAACCUGACCGUCCCCGCGGACAGCGCCGAGUGGCCGAUCAACUGCGCCAGCUUUGACGGCGCUGCGGAGCUCUGCGCCGCGGUCAAGACCGCGGCGGUGCGGCGCGAGGUGCGGCGCGAGGUGAUGGUCGGCGUCGCAAACUCCAACGUGCAGGGUCAGCUCGCCAAGUGGAUCGAGGCGAACCGGCGCGCCGGCAUCUCCAACAUGCUCAUCGUCGCGAUUGACGAGCGGCUGCCGCAGUGGCUCGAGUCGCAGAAGGUGGCCUGCUGGCCCCGGCCCGACAAGGCGCUCGGCUCGCACAAGAUCUCCGCCCAAAAGUUCAAGUUUGUGCGCUCCUUCCUCACGGUGGGCGCGUCGGUGCUGAUGACGGACAUCGACGUCGUGUACCUGCAGAACCCCUUCGACCACCUGUGGCGCGACGCGGACAUCGAGGGCACCACCGACGGGUGGGACGACGGGUCUGCGUACGGGUGGCUCGAGCAGCUCGACGACCCGAGCCUCGGCGCGUACGGACGCUUCCGUCCAGCGAUGCGCAUCACAGCGUGGAACUCAGAAGCCGAACACGCGUGGAACUCGGGCCUCUGGUAUGCAGCCGCAACACAUGCAUCGCUGCGGCUGAUGACCAUCCUUGCGUACCGGAUGGAGCACGAGCCUAACACGUGGGACCAAGCGGCGUUUGGCGAGGAGGUGGCGCGGCCCGCGCGCGACGGCCACCAUGCCGCCGGGAUCGUCAAGCGCGCACUCAGCUACUGGUGCUUUGCAAACUCAAAGACGGUCUUCCGGCGGCUCCGCGCCGAGGCGGGGUCGACACACAGACCGGUCGUGGUGCACGCAAACUACCACCAGCCGAAGCAGCCGCGGAUGGACGCCGUGUACGACCGGUGGCACCUCGGCCAGGCCGACGCGCUCGGGCGCUUCAGCACCGAGCCGACAGCCGUCGUCCCCGCGCCAGAGCUGGAGGUCAACUCGCUCCACUCGAUCAACGACGGGUUUGUCUCUGGCUCCGACACGCGCAACGCCCUCGCCGCGGUCAAGGGGGGCGGGUGCCGGCCGCAGCCGUCGCUCCACGGCGUGCGGGUCUCGGUCGCCGUCCUUCCGGUCAAGGCGUGCGCCCCGGCCGACGCCGUCUGCAGCGCGGCGAGCGACGUCGCCGUCCGGCGCGGCUCCUCGCCGCCGGAGCUGCUGCUGCUGGUGGUGGGUUCGUCGGAGGCGGAGCCGGCGAGGCUGUUCCUGCAGUCGGCCUCCGCCGCCGGGGUCAAGAACGUGCUCGUCGCGUGCGACGGCCUCGUGGCGGCGCUGCAGGGGCAGGGCGUGACGGUCGUCGACGCCUCCUCUGACGUGCCGGCCGACGCCUCAGCCGCGUCGCGGGUGGCGCGGCUGCGGUGGGCGCUGGUGCGGCGGCUGGUGGAGCACGGGUACGGCGUCCUCUCCGCCGCGGCGCCGACGCACUUCGUCUCCGACCCUUUCGACGCGCUGUACCGCGAUGCCGACGUCGAGGCGAUGACGGUCGGGUACAACCACGUCAUCGACGACCCCUCGAUGGGCGUUCACGCGCUUCUGCCACGGCUCGCGCAUCGUGGGGUACGAGCCGCGCCUCUUCUUCGCGAUGCCGACGGCGGAGAGCGAAAGGCUCGCGCGCCGCAUGGGGGAGCGGCUCGGCACCGCCGGCUCGGAGGGAGCGGCGCGCGGCGGCGAGGCGGCCGGAGGCAGCGCGUAUGACCGGGUGGCGCGGGACGAGCGCGAGGCGUUCGUGCGCGAGCUGUGGCUGCCGUCGCGGAACGAGUACGCCCACCCGGGCGCUGUGCUGCGCGUGAUGAACUAUCUUUGCUUUGUCAACUCAAAGGUGCUGGCGCGGCAAGGCCAGCGCGUGCUCGCCUCGCACAAGCCGGUGCUCGUGCACAUUGACUACCACGCAGACGUCGUGCCCCGCCUCCGGGCGGCCGCGGGCUUCCUCGCGGGCCAGGCCGACGCGCUGCGCCAGCUCACCGCCGCCGACACCACCACGCAUGCCGCCGCGCGCCCGCCGUGCGCCGGCGCGAGAGAGUGGAACGGCGCGGACGAGGCGGCACCCGCGGUGCGCGCGGCGGUCGAGCGGUCGCCGUGGUCGUGGGGGGGCGUGCCCGGCUUCGUGUUUGAGGCGGGUGGGCGCCUCUCGACGCCCUGGGGGCCCGGGCAGUGGGGGCUGCACCGCGGCUUCGAGGCGGCGCUCUUUGCAGACUUCAUCGGCACGGCGCACAACAUCGAGCUCUCGGCCGGCAUCGCCGUGGCCACGCGCUGCGCCGACGACAACAUCGUGCUGAUGCGCUCCGUCAAGGGGCUCGACUUGCCAAAGUGAAGCAGCCGCGAAUCCAGCGCGGCGCGGUCUGAGGCCAUGGAUGGUUGUAGUGUGCACGUGGAACCGCCGGUGGGGCGCGCGGCGCCACCACGGCGCACCCCAGCGCGCGGGACGCGGUACGUCGCGGAGCGCGGACGAGCGGACGAGGUGAGUGGACUCUCUGUCGUGUGGUCAAGAGUGGUGUACGAAGAAACAAAACAAAGCGGCGGAUCGAGAGACGCCAGACGCCGGGACGUCGAAGCGCUCGAGCGAACAGGCGCGGAGGUCACCGUAUCCCACGUAUCAAGACGAGAUGAAUUUGCAGUCCAUGGCAGAGAGAGACGGGGCGAGAGAGGAAGCGAGAGCACGGCGCCCGCCACGGCGGCACGGCCGAGUCCUCAGGCUCCGCAGGACCGUCGCACAAGCGGCGCACACACAUGGCGGCGGACAUGGCGCAGGAAAAGGCGUGGUGCUAGGGCCGGUGUAGACGGAGGGGCCGGCGGCAAGCUGCGCCGUCGUGCCCAGACUCGCAGACCUGGCCUCGUCCUCCGACAGCCUCGCCGGCGAGGCCGCCGCGCCGCCGGUCGGGGAGACGACGCCCUUGCCCCAGGUCGGUGCGUCGAGGCGGGCGAGCCAGGCCUGCUUCGCCUCCUCCUCCGACACCGCAGCAGGUGCACUCACCUGGGAGGCGACCGCCGAGACGGCGGCGGCGGCCGCGCCCCAUGCCGGGACGUCGAGGCUGGCCAGCCAGGCGCGCUUGGCCUCCUCCUCGCGCGACAGAGUGUCGCACGCUGCCUCGACGCCAGAGUCGCAGUCCUCGGUGAGGGCGAGCAGCGCCGACGCCUGUCCCGCGACCUCGCUCAUCGUGGUCGACGCCUGGCCCCACGAGGGCGCGUCGAGCCGCGCGAGCCACGCCGCCUUGGCCGCCUCCUCCGUCAUCGCCGGCGCGGCCCCGGCUGAAGCGCCCCACGACGGAGCAUCGGCGGCAACGCGGGCCAGCCACGCCGCCUUGGCCUCCUCCUCCGUCGUCGCCGGCGCAGCCGCGGCCGGGGGCGCGGCCGGCGCCGCGGCGACGGGAGUGCCGCCCUUCGGGCCCCACGACGGAGCGUCAGCGGCGGUGCGGGCGAGCCAGGCGGCCUUGGCGGCGUCCUCAGACUGCUGCAUGCGCAGCGUGCCGACGCGCAGGGCAGGGACUGAGAGCGCGACGAGCAGCAUAUACACACUCGUUCAGC